UUGGAGCAGACGACGAGAACUGGUGUCAAGUCCGGCCAAGAGUUCGGUCCGGUGUUGUCCGCUGUAGGUUUUCCUCGGAGGCUGGCAGUUUAGUGCACGGUCGAAUCACAAACCUGGUUAACGCAGUUUGUCAGAUAUGUCUGGUGAUAUGGAGGGUACAGAGAGCAGCACCAAAAUGUUAGACUUUUUACUUCUUGUUGGAAAAUUGAAGCAUGUCAAAAGAACAGGUUGGCUUCUGAGAAACGUGCCAGAUCCUGAAUGUGUUGCUGGUCACAUGCACCGCAUGUCCAUCAUACCUUUGUUGCUUGACACUUCAAAAAGUUCUUUGGACAAAGUAAAGUGCAUGAAACUUGCAUUGAUUCAUGACUUGGCUGAGUGUAUAGUUGGUGAUAUUACUCCACAUUGUGGAAUAGAUCCUGAUGAAAAACACAGAAGGGAGGAUGAUGCCAUGAAAACCCUAUGUGAUUUAGCUGGAAUAAAUGGGGCUGAACUCUAUUCAUUGUAUAAGGAAUACGAAGCUAAGAGUACACCUGAAGCAAAGUUUGUCAAGGAACUAGAUAAUUUUGACAUGAUUUUGGAGGCUUACUCCUAUGAACAAGCUCAAAAUCAGCCUGGCCAGCUCCAAGAAUUUUUUGACUCAACUAAAGAAAAGUUUUCGCAUCCUCUUGUUCUAUCUCUUGUUAAGGAACUUAACAGAAGACGCAGUGCAGUUUCACCUCCUGAAAAUUCUGAUGCACCCCAAACCAUCAAGUAAAAGUGACUCUGCUGAGCCACAACUUUUUAAAAGGCUUUACUCUCUGAAUGGUGUACCCAGUAAUUUGAAAAAGCCAACAUAUUUUUAGCUAUCCAUUUCUAUGUUCCUUUAUUAAAUUGCGGUGAAAUUCAUCUUUUACAUGGCAAGUCGCAACAAAGAGGUUUGUACUUUGUCUAAAAUUAAAAUUGAUCACAAAAUCUA